UGUUUUAGGGCAGAUGGUUGGAGUGAUGAUGUGGUUGUCUUCUACCAUAUUAUACAAAAAGCUUUGUAUUAGCAGGAACAACUUGGCCCACUUUUCUGGCCCUGAAAGUUGCCUUUUAACAAAGGAAUGUGGUGGUGACAGUCUGAUGCUAAUAUAUAGCCACAGCAUGCUACUUAGGCCAAGGUUAGUAAAGGAUGUGCACCCUUCAGACGUACUGCUACACCGUGGUCCUGCUAGCACUUCUCCAGAGUGAGCUGCCUCAUGGUCCAGGUAGUCCCCUCUCCGUCUGUCUACUUACUAGACAAUGGUGAUUUCUACAGAUCUCCAGUUGUACCAGAUCUCAACCUUGGAAGCAUUCUUCCCUUUGUAGAGGAGCCAGGCCCCUUGCCACCAAGUCAGUAAGGCCCUUUUUAGCCCCUGGUCCAGUACCCAUCCUGGGCAGACUCCCAAAGCUGGGCUUUCUCAGUCUUGGCAUCCUGCCUGUUUGCCACCUACUUACAGGUAGCACCGCUUAACUUGCUGCCACAAUUAUCCUUCCACCCUCCCUGUAACUCUCAUUCCCCUGUGGCCUUCCAGCCAGAAAUUCGGUCCUUGGACCUGGCUUCUCAGCAAUUAGCCCUGAGAGGGAAGAAUCACCUGGCUCCUGGAAACACACUAAGAGCGCACAGAGCCUCCCCGUACCUUCAGAUUUGCACCUUUCUGCCCAGGAGCUUCCUUCAGCCAGCCUUCCUUCCCAGUCCACUAUGGCCAGUUCCAAUAGCAGUGCGGGCAUCCGGUGGUCCAGACAGGAGACACGAACUCUUCUCUCCAUACUAGGCGAGGCAGAGUAUAUUCAGCGCCUCCAGACUGUGCAUCAUAAUGCAGAUGUCUAUCAGGCUGUGUCUAAGCGAAUGCAGCAGGAAGGCUUCCGCCGCACCGAACGUCAGUGCCGCUCCAAGUUUAAAGUUCUGAAGGCAUUAUAUUUAAAGGCGUAUGUUGCCCAUGCCACAAGUAUGGGUGAUCCACCACACUGUCCAUUUUAUGAUACGUUGGAUCAGCUUCUCCGACAUCAGAUAGUGACUGACCCGGAGAACUUAAUGGAGGAUGCUGCUUGGGCCAAGCACUGUGAUCAGAACUUAGUGGCCUCUGACACCCCAGGGGAAGAGGGAACCAGCAUUCUGAGAGCAAAAAGGACUCAGGCAGCAGAUCAUCAGCCUGUCUUGAAAACAGUUAAGGACUCAGAUGAGGAUUGUCAACUGAGAAUCAGUGACCAGAUGCGAGAAACCAGUGACCUUGAGGACUCCUGGGAUGAAUCCUCAGGUGCAGGGUGCUCUCAAGGGACUCCCAGCUACAGCAGCUCCCACCACCUUUUCAGAGGUGCAGUUGCUCCCUGUCAGAGCAGUCCCAUGACCAGACUGGGUGUGUCCGGUGAGCCCAGCCCCUCCACCAGCACCAGCCGAAACACUCCUGGGGUGGCCUCCACACAGCAGCCUCCGGUCUCCUCCUGCAGAGUUCCUUUUGUUUCUGAUGGGGAUAGGCCUUUGACCAGUGAGCCCCCUCCACGGUGGGCAAGGCGAAGAAGGCGCUCAGUGGCCAGGACUAUUGCAGCAGAGUUGGCAGAAAACAGGAGAUUGGCACGAGAACUUGCCAAGCGUGAGGAAGAGAAAUUGGACAGGCUGAUUGCUAUUGGCGAGGAGGCCAGUGCUCAGCAAGAUACUGCCAACGAGCUCCGGAGGGAUGCUGUGAUCGCAGUCAGACGCUUGGCAACAGCAGUGGAAGAGGCCACUGGUGCUUUUCAGCUAGGGCUUGAAAAAUUGCUUCAGAGGUUAAUUUCGAAUACCAAAAGUUAGGAACUGAUUACAAAAGGGUGUAUUUCUUAAACUGGUAGAAGCCCAGUUCCAACACCUUCCUUCUGGUACCCUGGCUCCUUUUCCAUGUCCUCAGGAAAAGAAGAGUGCAUGAACCAUUAACAUGAAGCGUGGUAGGAAUACACGUGCUAGUUGCUUUUCCCAAGCUUCUCUGCUAAUUGAAAGACCUUUCAGAUAUGUGAGAGGUGGCCUAAAAGAAAAUAAAUGGAGCCAAGUCCAGAGAGCUAGUUAGCUAUGGCUUUGUGCCUCACUGAUGUGAGGCAGUUUAGUUUACCUCUCUACAGCAGUCUCCUCAACUGUCAAAUGGGGGCUAGGUAAUAACUCCUGACCUGCUUACCUCACAGGGUUGUUGUGAGGAUGAAGUGGCUAAUAGAUGUGAAAAGGUGUAAAAGUUUAAAAGCACUAUACGUGUGUAAGUUAUUAAUGCAUAUGACCUUGGCCGACGUAUGGCUAAGGUGAGGCACAUUAGUUGACAAGAUAUAAAAUUAUGGUUGUACACGUGACCUCAUUGCUUGAAUCCUUCCUAGCGUAACUUGACUACUUCCUGGAGUUGAAGAUCUUCAUUUUUUUAAAUCCCUCUAUAGCUCAUUAGACUGAUAGAGACACAACAUGUAUUUGUACCUUUAUCUCACAUUUGCAGUGCUGUGUCUAUGAUAGUACCUACCAGUAAGCACUCAAUAGUCAAAUCAUCUUCCCUCCAUUUUGCUAGUUCUUAGUCUCUUAUCCCUAUAAGGAUAUAAGUCAGAACUGACAGGGAGCUGCAGUGUGUGUUUUGGUUCAUAUUGGUAAUCUUUGUUUUAAUGAGAUACGGGCUGUUUUAUAAAAUAUUAAAUGUAAGUAAAUUCUUUACAUUCC